UUGCGUCUUGGUUAAGACUUGAAGGACAUUUUCACAACCCCGAGAACCUACUUUUUUGUCUCGUAGGAAUAAGACAUACCCUUUGAGUUGAGUUCUGCUCUUCAUUCCUUUUAUGUCAAAAAAACACACAACUCAAGGGUGGCUGUGUAGUAGAAUUUCAGUGAAAUCAUGGAGCGCUAUGAGAUUCUCAAAGAUAUUGGUUCUGGGAAUUUCGCUGUGGCCAAGCUGGUCAAGGACAACUGCACAAAUGAGCUUUUUGCAGUCAAGUUUAUUGAGAGAGGCCAGAAGAUUGAUGAGCAUGUCCAAAGGGAAAUCAUGAACCAUAGAUCAUUGAAGCAUCCCAAUAUUGUUAGAUUCAAAGAGGUCCUGCUGACACCAACACAUCUAGCCAUAGUAAUGGAGUACGCUUCUGGAGGAGAACUCUUUGAGAGGAUAUGCAAUGCUGGUAGAUUCAGUGAGGAUGAGGCGAGAUUUUUCUUUCAGCAAUUGAUAUCAGGAGUCAGUUACUGUCAUUCAAUGCAAAUCUGUCACAGAGAUCUGAAACUUGAAAACACACUCUUAGAUGGAAGUACAGCACCGCGAGUCAAGAUUUGUGACUUCGGUUACUCAAAGUCAUCAGUAUUGCAUUCACAACCUAAGUCUACAGUAGGAACUCCAGCUUACAUUGCACCUGAGGUUCUUACAAGGAAAGAAUAUGAUGGGAAGAUUGCAGAUGUUUGGUCUUGUGGUGUCACCUUAUAUGUGAUGUUAGUUGGUGCUUAUCCUUUUGAAGACCCUGCAGAUCCAAGAAACUUUAAAAAAACCCUUGGUAAAAUACUUGGUGUCCAGUACUCAGUCCCUGAUUAUGUACGAGUUUCCUUGGAGUGUAGAAAUCUUCUAUCACAAAUAUUUGUGGCCAGCCCGGAAAAGAGAAUAACAAUACCAGAAAUUAAAAACCAUCCAUGGUUUUUAAGGAACUUGCCCAUAGAACUGAUGGAAGGUGGAAGCUGGCAAAUGAAUGAUGUAAAUAAUCCAUCACAAAGUGUUGAUGAAGUCCUGUCUAUUAUACAAGAGGCAAGAAAAUGUCUCAGUAUUCCCAGUGUUGGUGGCCUUCUUAUUGGAGGCAGCAUGGACCUGGAUGACUUGGAUUGUGAUGCUGAUCUUGAAGACAUUGAAACAAGCGGUGAAUUUGUGUGUCCUAUUUAAGUGUGUACAGGAACAAGCUGAGCUAUAUUGCUUGCUGUGAAAAUGGGAAUAGAUUUUUGUGUGGGGGCUGAAUUUCCUUGCUGGUUAUUUGUCAAUUAUGAUCAGUUGCCCCACAUGUAUGACAUGUUAUUCCUUAGUUUUGACAUUUUGCACCCUCCCCAUCAUGUGUGCAUGUGAUCAGAUUUAGGAACUUCCAAAAUCCAUGUGGCAUUUUGCUAGAGUUGUAAUGUAAAAUCACAUAUUCCAAAGAUGAGAAUAUGAAAUAAAAGCAAGUUGUGGUUCCACUUUUUACAUCAAGUGAAACUCAAUAGUGAGAUGUGGGAAAUGAGUAGACUUUUGUUAAGUGGGUUUUUGUUUUAUAUUAUUAGAGUGGGAAUUGAGCAAGCAUAGCUCUCAUUGGAGGCUUUGCCCCUCAUCCAUGAUGGCCCCUCAUCUAAACUUCAUAUUAUAUAGUAUUCUUAUAUUA